GUGUGAAUGACGUUCGGAGUGUGAAGUUAAAAUCAGACGAACAGGCUCCCUGGACCAAUGAAUUUGAAACUGUGGAGCUCUCCUGUGUCAUUGAGUCCAUCUCGUCGCCGAGUCCUCGGAUCGAAUGGAAGAAGAUUAAAGAAGGAAACCCAAGCUACGUGUACUUCCAAGACAGAAUCUCAGGUGACUUGGAGAACCGCGCGCGGCUGAGAGAACCAGCAUCGCUGGUGAUCGAGAACGCCAGCCGCACGGACACAGCGCAGUACCGCUGUGAAGUCACCGCCCCGGACGACCAGCGCAGCUUCGCUGAACUGCUCAUCGAUUUGGUGGUCCGAGUGAAGCCUGUUAUGCCCAAAUGUGCCGUCCCGACUGCCGUUCCGGUCGGGAAGCCAGCAGAAUUCCUCUGCUCCGAGGAGGAGGGUUUUCCCAGGCCAAAGUUCCAGUGGUUCCGGGACUCUGAAGAGAUCCCUAUCGAUCCCAAAACCAGCCCCCGAUUUAUGAACGCGUCCUACUCGAUGGACCCUGAGACGGGAGUGCUGAGCUUUGCAGCCGUCAGAAAGGAGGAUGGAGGGGAGUAUUUCUGCCGGGCGAAGAAUGAAGCAGGAUAUUCUGAAUGCAGGGCUCAGAAGAUGGAAGUUUAUGAUCUGAAUGUGGCUGGGAUUGUGCUGGGCGUAGUGGUGGUGAUAACAGUGCUGGCUCUGGUAACGGCAGGCAUCUGCUGCGCAUACAGGAGAGGCUACCUCCACAGCCAGCAGAAGGACGACAAAUUCAAGGCACCAGCUAAAAGUGAUGGUGUUGACUAUGUACGGACAGAGGAGGAGGGCGACUUCCGGCACAAAUCCUCCUUUAUUAUUUGAGCGAGGAGAGACAGAAAGAGACUCUUUACUUUGAAGGACGACAAGUCCUUUCCAGGACUAACAAUCAAAACCACAGCUGCCCAUGAUGUCAGAUAGCAACAAUCACUAUGGUGAUGGAGAUGCUAUGUCGCAUAGCAACUUUGGACAAUUUUUUUCUUUUUCUUGUUUUUUUUUUCCACAAUUCUACUACAUAUUUUGGAAUCUAAACGCAGGCACACACACAGGUUAUACACACAUGCGCGCGCACACACACACACACACAUUAGCAGUUUCCAGUGUGCCUUUUCCUUUUUGUUGAAAACCCAUCAAUCAGCUCACGCCCACACACACACACACACACGUGCUCUUAAACAAUCAUAUUGUGGUAAAGCUCGGCACACAAAAACACAUGAGCACACACACACACACACACACACACACACACACACACACACACACACAAACACAACACACAAACACAACUACAACAACAAUAACAAUAAGUAAACACACUGUUUCCCUCCCUCUUUCUUUCUCUUUCUCUCCUUUUCACACAUACACACACACAGACUGAUUUGAUACUAGAUUAUUCUCUCACACACACACACACACACACACACACACACACACACACACACGCACACACACACGACUGCACUUCUGUUUCAUGAUACAUGACCAGGACAUCAUAACUCUCUCUUUCUCUCUCACACACACACACACACACACAUUCACACUAUCUUUAAUACAUGCACCACACAUACACACCCUCUCUCAGCCACACAGUCAUGCCCCUACACUCUCUCUCACACACAGCAUAUAUAUUUUUAUGAGCUUGAAGAUGUCUCUUGGUGUGUCUAUGCGUAUUCAGAGUUCAUUGCCAAAGAAAAGAAAAUGAUUCAACAGCAUUUCAUGACUGACGUGAUUCAGUCUUCAUAUCACUGGUCCUGACACAUGUCUCCUGUCAAAUAGUUUGUACAGGAUGCACACACACACACACACACACACACACACACACACACACACACACACACAUCAGAUAGUCCUUGUAAGUAUACACAAAUGUCAGAUGUCAUUGAAAUUUGUGCUGUUUCAUCUGUGUGUCUGUUUCUGUGCGUGUGUGUGUGUGUAUGUAUGUGUGUGCAUAGAACAUGACAUCUGUGUAUGCGUGUGUGUGUGUGUGUGUAGAAUAUGGCAUAUCUCGUAGCUGGAAUUCCACAUCAACCCAAAGUGCAAGUAUGAGAGGCAGGUUCCCGUGUAUGGGUUUAAGCCUAGGGUUGCAGUUAGUGUUAAAGGUCGCGGUUAGGGUUAAGGGUAGGGGUGGGGUUAGGGUUAAGAGUUGCAGUUAGGGUUAAGGGUAGGGGUUAGGAUUAGGGUCAGGGUUAGUCUUUCUGUUCAAUGGGAAUUUUCAAGGAAGCUUUUUUUUUUAGUCCAGAGCUGCGUUCAAAUUUGCAAACAUAGCAAACAGUCCAGAGGAGGUAGUUUUCCACAAACAUACAGCGGAACUGGACCUAGCUGCAGGAAGUGUUACCAUGACAAUGGAAUGUUUACAACAAAAUGUUCAAAAUGGAACUGUUCAGAGAAAACAUGUUCGCCAUGAACGUUCACCACCGCUUAACUGUUCGCAAAUUUGAACGCACCUCAGGUCUUGGCUUAAUCCAUAUAUGGGCAUGUGUCCUGUGGCGUCUCAUCAGUAUGCCACUGCCUUGCAGUGCCUUCCGUCAGAGCAGUGACCUCUGUGUGGGCACGCGACCUCUGCGUAGGCACACGACCUUGGUAUGAGCGCAUGACCUUCUUGAGCUGAGCUGCAAGGUAUGAUGUCAGUAGACGUGUCAUUUUCAGACCUCACCGAUGGAGGCCAAAUGCCUUGUGAGGCCAUCCAUGUAUUUAUGAAAACCAAGAGCGAAAAAAAGAAUCAUUCAGCUUUUGGUUAAUGAAUCUGAAUAGGCGUACACAUCAUUUCUUGAUAGAAAAUAUGAUGUAUCUUUUUCUUGUGUGUGUGAUUUUGUUACUAACUGAAAAUAAAAACCCUGAUAUUGUCGAGACAUUUUAUUUUUAUGGUCUGAUGUUGAAAGCAAGAAUAUAUUUUAGCCAGUUAUACAGAGGAAUGAGAUGCAUUCUCUUGCAGGGUGUGUUGAUAGCUGUUGUGUUAUACACUUUUUUGAGAUGAAAAUGUUGGAAAAAUUCAAAUAAAAAGUUUUAAAAAAUGA